CUCUCACUUGUCUCAGCGUUGCCUAGCGACGACGUCCUUCGCUCAGUCUUGAAGAUAACUUUACUCGGAGGCAAGAGCACGGUCACUUUUUGUUUUUAAGACAAAGCAUUUAUUUAGACAACUGUUUAGCUGCUUUUUAGUCCCGUGUUACACAGUUUCAGCCCUGAAAUUAUGAAGGAAGCGACAGUUCAACAGUUGUCCCCGGCGUCGCCUAGCUGCAGCCCCCCAGGGUCCCUCAGUGACGCUGCGUCAGCUCAGGCUCCAGGGUGUGAUGAGCAAGAAGAACACGGCGACAUGGAGAAGGAAGGUGUUUUAACUGCUGAGGUGGUCUCCAGCUAUAUUUCCAACCUCAGCCGCUCCAGCACAGGGCACCACUCAUACCACUACCUCUCUUUACCUAAACACAAUCUGAGUGACAUCUCUGUUUUAUGCAACUAUGUGUAUCUUCAAAAGCUGGAGCUGCAACACAACAAAAUUAAAGAUUUAUCCUGCGUGAGUCACAUGCCCUACCUCGUCAUCCUGGAUGCCUCUCACAAUGAAAUCCCCAACUUUUUUGGAUUCCAGCCUCCCAAGAAUCUUAAGGAAGUCAAUUUCUCCCACAACCGUAUGACAAAAAUGAAGGAUUUGUCAGCCUAUUCAUCUCUUAGUAAACUGGAUCUGGACUACAAUCUUUUCAGUGAGAUCGUCGGUCUUGAGCAAUGUUGCAAGCUCACCAAUCUCAGCCUUGCACACAACAAGAUCUCAAGGAUCAGUGGUCUGGACACUCUGCCUCUCACACACCUCUGCCUGAGGGAGAACCAGCUGGAGACGAUUGAAGGGUUGGAGAGUCAGAAGAGUCUGCAGGUUCUUGACCUGUCUGUGAACCGCAUCACUAGUCUGUCUGGCCUCCAGAAUCUCCACCUGCUGGGCUCUAUCAAUGUGGAGAAAAACCUGAUUAGUGAAAUUCAGGAGUGUAAACACUUACAUGACCUUUUCCUUCUGAGAGAUCUCAACCUGCUGGGAAACCCUGUUCAGGAGCAACCAGAUUACAGACUGGCAGUUGUCUUCCUCCUUCAACACUUGACUCUGCUGGACCAAGAGAAAGUCACCGUGGAAGAAAAAGUUUAUUCAGUGAACAAGUAUGACCCUCCUUUGGAAGUGGUGGCAGCCAGGGACCACAUGACACAUCUGGUGUAUCAGCUGAUGCAGCCCCAGGUGCUUUAUGACAGCACUUUGUGCUGUGCGGACUCCCCAUACCCCAUGCUGGUUCUUACUGGGCCCCAAGGCUGUGGAAAGAGAGAGUUGGCUCACAGGCUGUGUCAGGAAUUCAGUGAAUACUUUGCUUACGGAACUUGUCACACCACAAGGGGGCCCUACUUUGGAGAGGAGAAUGAAAUCGAUUACCAUUUUGUGAGCGAGGAGGAAUUUCAGAAAAUGGUACAUAUGGGUAAGUUUAUCCAGACCGUGCAGUACGGAGGUCACAGGUACGGCCUAACCAGAGACGCCAUAGAGGAUGUAGCCGGAGAAGGACUUGCCUGCUGUGUGCACAUGGAGCUAGAGGGUGUGUUCAGUCUGAAGAACAGCUACUUUGAGCCUCGGUACAUACUCUUCAUCCCCACCAAGGUGGAGAAGUACAUGGACCAGCUGAAAGGCCGCAAUCUCUAUUCCCAAGAACAGAUUGAUAAUGCAGUGGCACGUAUAGAGCUCUAUGCCAAUACCAACAGGCAGAGGCCAGGCUUCUUUGACAAUGUUAUCCCCAGCGAUGACUAUGAAGAAGCCUUUCAGUCACUGAAGCGGAUUGUGAAGGACUACCUGUUGCUGGAUGAGCAGGAGGAAGAAGAAAACAACAGAGGAUCCCCUGACAACACCUCAGUGGGUCAUAUGCCAGAGCAGAAGCCAAGUUCGCCCUUGUCGAGGUCUAGAUCAGGCACACUUACAUCACACUCUGCCACUGCCCUUGAACCCUCUAACUCAUCUUACAGGAACUAUUUCACCAAGAUUCAGGCAGAGCUCAGCCCUGAGAAGAGCCCCGCUGAGUUGGCUUCCAUCAGGCGGCGAGAGCAGCUGGUGAGAGAGGCUAUAGCUGGGAAGAGUCCAGAGGUCUACAGCCAGCUCUUCAAAAGCUCUGCUCAAAUAGCACCGUCAUCACAGCAGAAUCAGGAUGCUGGUAUCCAUUUGAGUGAGGACAGCAGCUCGGAAGAGUCUCGUGCUAGUUCAGCCUUGUCUGUGCCCAGUUCAGCUGGAGCCUUGUCCGGUAUAGUGGAGCCACUCGAUAUCUCUGUCCUGGGUCAAGCCUUGGAAACACCCAAAGGUCCAACUCCUGAAAACCCCACAAACUCAGAACAGCAAGCUUCGGUGUUGUCUCCAUAUUCUGAUAGACGUCCUGGAUCCAACGUCAAGGCUGUCCUGCCACCAAUCCCCACCGGGCGCAAGACCCCCACUGCAUCCAGCGUGGCUCCUUCACCUUCACCUUCACCCAGACCCAGUCCAAACCCAACAGUUGAAGAAAAAGGGGAAGAAGAAGAAGAAAACAGGGAGGGGUAGCUUUAAAAGUUUUGGGGUAUCUGAAUUGAAAGAUAAUGUAAAUGUUCUAAGUAACAGCUUAUUGAAGUUUAUGUAUCCAAAUUAUAAUAUAUUCUUGGCCUUGAUGUCCAAAAUCUGUCUCUGCAAAAGUUAAACAACCAACAGAACACAUGUUCAUCAUUAUCUCACCACAGACUGCACAGACUGUGAUGUUAUAGCCUAACUCAUUUUACAUUAGACGUCACUGUCAGAACUUGCCUUCUUCCUGUGAUCUGUUGCUCUUGUUACAACACGUCUGGAUCUUUACUAUAUGUUAUCUGACAAGUGAUGGCAUUAAUGGCCAUAUAUACAGGGACUUCAGUGUAAUUAUAAGCAAAGCUUUUCCGCUCUGUAGGAUGACUGGUGUAACAGCUUUCAGGUGAAGACUGUGUACUCUCUGAUAAAGACUAUGACACAGAUUGUCAAGCGUGUCUUUCAGCCAUGAAUGAUAAUAAAGCAGCGUGAUGAACAAAAUAGCUUUUUUUGUCUUUAAGAAGUAUCUGUUCAUCUUAAUGUCUUUGAAGAAUGAGCCACGCAUAAUGUUUUGUGAAUGUUGCUUUCAUUUUCUUGACAAUGAAGUGUUAUUAUAUUCCCUACUGUUCAGUAAUCUCAUCAAAAAGGAUUUGCCUUCAAUCUUAGUCGCUGAUCUUUUAUGCGAAGCAUGGAACUCUUGUCAUUGGAUGAUAAAUACAUCAUUAAUCUUUAUCUCCUCUGAUGGGAUUAUUUAUUCAACUGGAAAUGUGCUCAUAUGGAAGUUGUUGACAGGUAUUAAACAGUGAGCCAUCGCAAACAA